AUGAGUUUAGCACAUUUAUCUUAUCCUUCAACAACGUCAGCUCGUAUGAAUUUUUCAAAUGCAAAUUUAUUUCAAACAGCCGCCCAGGCAGCAGCAAAUUCAUCAUUUAAUCCACAACGAACAACAUUUGCCAUACAAGAAAUAUUGGGAUUAUCAGAUCCAUUUGGUGGUGGUAGAUAUGAUCCGAUAAGUUCCUAUCAUCCACGAAGUUAUUUGGAUACUGUGCCAUCAUAUUCACAAACAAAUUUUUCUUCAUCUUCAACUUCUGCCGCUCAAGCAGCAGCCGCUUACAGUGCUUAUUUAUCGAGAUCAAGUUUUCUCCCACAUCCAUUCGUAACAGCCGCCGCUAAUCAUAAUGCAGGAGCCAAUCACAAUGAAAAUUCACCAGCAACAAAUGGAACAAAUUUUUUUAAUUUUUCACCAUCAUCGAUGACGACAAAUUCACAAACAACAUUGGAUUCAUCACAAGAAAAUCUUGAUCGUGAUAUUGUUUCGGGUUGUAUUGAUGAUUCAUACAUUAAAUCCUGUAAGAAAAAGAAAUGCAAAAGACGACAUAGAACCAUUUUUACUAGUCAUCAAGUAGAAGAACUGGAAAAAGCGUUUAAAGAUGCACAUUAUCCCGAUGUGUUUGCUCGUGAAGUAUUAGCAUUAAAAACAGAUUUAGCCGAAGAUCGAAUACAAGUUUGGUUUCAAAAUCGACGAGCUAAAUGGCGAAAAACAGAAAAAACAUGGGGCAAAGCAACUGUGAUGGCCGAAUAUGGUUUAUAUGGUGCCAUGGUCAGACAUAGUUUACCAUUACCAGAUACAAUUGUUAAAUCAGCUAAAGAUGGUAUCGAUAGUUCAUGCGCACCGUGGCUAUUAGGUAUGCAUCGAAAAUCACUGGAAGCCGCUGAACAAUUACGAAAUAUGAAACAUGAAGUUGAUAAAGACUGUACAAAUUCAAAUUCUACAUCAAAAGACGGUGAUUAUUGUACAACAAAUCCUGAAACAUUUCGUAGUGAAAGUAUAGCCGUAUUAAGAGCAAAAGCACAAGAACAUACUGCUCGUACUGUCAUUCAUCCGUCAUACAAUGGUGAAGAUCACAAUGGUCGUGUGACACCUUCAUCCAAUGAAUAUCAUUCCGACGAUAAUUCAACAACAAGUAUAAAUGAACAUAGUCAAGAUAAUAAUAAACAUUCAACACGAAAACGUUCAAAUAAUUAUCAUUAG